UUUCCUUUAUGGUCCUUGUGGUUGUGGUGUCUUUCAUCAUCACGUUUUUAUAAUGAAAUUCAUCAGUUUCUGAUUCUUUAGUUGGAGCCUCGUAUCUUCUUCUUCUUUUCUUCUUCAUAUUGCUUCUCGUCAUCUUCUUCUUCCUCCUCCAUUCUCACAGAUUCACUCAGCUCCAGAGAGCUAAGGGGGCCUUUGCGUAAUCAGUCCCCAAUAUAACAAUAAUCUUUCUCCACCACACAAUGUUGCUCCAUUUUUCACCGACGAAACCCCUCUUUUCUCCACCCAAUCCCCGGCGGAAUUCACCGGCAUUCCUCGUUUCUCCGCCGAGAUCCCUCCGCAUUCGAGCCAUCGACGCUGCCCAGAUCUUCGACUACGAGACCCAACUCAAAUCCGAGUACCGUAGAUCCUCUGCUCUCAAAAUCGCCGUCUUGGGUUUCGGCAAUUUCGGUCAAUUCCUCUCAAAAACCCUAAUUCGACACGGCCACGACCUAAUCACCCACUCCCGCUCCGAUUACUCCGACGCCGCCUCCUCAAUCGGAGCUCGUUUCUUCGAUAACCCUCACGAUCUCUGCGAACAGCAUCCCGACGUCGUCCUCCUCUGUACCUCAAUCCUCUCCACAGAAUCCGUCCUCCGAUCGUUCCCAUUCCAACGUCUCCGUCGUAGCACGCUCUUCGUCGAUGUUCUCUCCGUCAAGGAAUUCCCGAGAACCCUCUUCCUCAAAUACCUCCCAAAGGAAUUCGACAUUCUUUGCACUCACCCUAUGUUCGGACCAGAGAGCGGGAAGCAUUCCUGGUCGGGAUUGCCCUUUGUCUAUGACAAGGUGAGAAUCGGAGACGAAGCUUCUAGAAACGAGAGGUGUGAGAAGUUUCUGAGGGUUUUCGAGAACGAAGGUUGUAGGAUGGUGGAGAUGAGCUGCGAGGAGCACGACAAGCACGCAGCUGGGUCGCAGUUCGUGACGCACACCAUGGGAAGGGUUUUGGAGAAAUUCGGAGUUGAAUCGUCGCCGAUCAACACCAAAGGGUAUGAGACGUUGCUGGAUUUGGUGGAGAACACAUCGAGUGAUAGCUUCGAGCUUUACUAUGGUCUGUUCAUGUAUAACCAGAAUGCUCUUGAACAGUUGGAACGGCUAGACAUGGCCUUUGAAUCCAUCAAGAAGGAGCUGUUUGGGAGAUUGCAUCAGGUUUACAGGAAGCAAAUGUUUGGUGGGGAGGCUCCCUCGUCUAAGAAAACAGAGCAGAAAAUGCUCAACGAUGGUGGUGUUGUUCCGAUGAAAGAGAUAUCAUCAUCAUCUUAAAAAUCACAACUUUUUGGUGUAAGGUGGAUUAUGUUAGAUUCGGAAUAAAAGCAAAAGUUAUGACAUUUUGGAAAUACUCGAGUGUGAAAAAAAUAAAAGGGAUUUGAUCAUUUGCUCUCUAUGUUUGGGUGUUUUUUUUUUUUUUGGAACCUAUGUUUGGGGAAUUUUCAGACUAAUGUAUCAAUGGAGUCCAUACAUUUUCAUUUUCAGUUAUAAGAGAGCACAGACGGGAAAGAAACA